GCAGCCAGCACCAGGAGCAUGUACUAACCGGGGACACGGCAUUCAAUGUGGAGAAUACGAGAGCAAACGGUCAACUCAAAGUUAGGUACCGUUUUGUAUAUAAAUGUCUUGAAUCAUUCACUGUUAGGCAGUUGGCAGGUAGUGGAAGGGCAGCUGCUGUAAUAUACUAACCUGGUUCCAAGGGACGCUCCCUCCUUAAUGUUCCAACCAAGAUUCCUCCCCUCGCUCCUUCUUGUGAUAAAAAAAGAAUAUUGGUUCACUUGUAUCCUCCUCGCGCUCGUUCCUCUGACCGAGACAUUUCAUCAACAUCUACAUCCACAUUCCAUCCCACUCACCCGGCCACUCAUCCAUCUCUUGAUUCUCUUUCCGUCACAUUGAUUGCACUUGAUAUCAUCAACUUCAUAUUCCCAUUCUUUGACCCCAAAACAAAAUACACUCAGCCUUACCCGACCCUCUAUUAUCAUGUCGGGGUAUUCAGAAGAGUUCAAGGCAGGACCAGCGGCGCCCGCCUACGAUGAGAUCCUACCAUCUCGACAAGGCCAAGAUGUUCGCCACGCUUCCUCUCGAAUGCCUUGGUGGAAUCCUAGGUACUGGAGAAAGGGUAUUUGGGCUGCUGUUAUUCUGGCCUUCGUUGUUGUCUUGAUCAUCGUCAUCGCUGUUUCGGUCACGAAAGUGAAGGAGAAUAGAUAUCCCGAUUACUCGCCGUUGUCAUAUAGCUUGGCAGAUACCUAUGGAGGUGAAUCCUUCUACGAUCAGUUCAACUACUUCACAGGAUACGACCCCACCCAAGGCUUUGUUCAUUACGUCCCACGGGAGCAAGCACAGGCUCUUAACUUGACCUCUGCUUCAGCUGACUCUGCGUUUCUGAGAGUUGACACUUCUGUUGGCCCCAACUCGGAGCCUAAUGCGUCAACAGGUCGCUUCUCUGUUCGAGUCGUGUCCAAAAAGACAUACGACAGCGGCCUCUUCAUUUUUGACAUCAAGCAUACCCCCUACGGCUGUGGCACCUGGCCUGCUCUUUGGCUCACUGAUCCUUCAAACUGGCCAGAAAAUGGUGAAAUUGACAUCAUGGAAGCAACCAACAAGGCAGACACUGGAAAUCAGAUGACGCUACACACUACUAAGGGUUGUUCUAUGGACGUUCGUCGCAAGAAUACAGGUAAAAUCCUGCAAAAGAACUGCAAUCACGAAUUGAACGACAACGAUGGUUGUGGUGUCAAGUCAGACGCUGAUGGAUACGGCACUGGCUUCAACAAAAACGGGGGAGGUAUCAUGGCUGUAGAAUGGCGAAAGGAAGGUAUCCGCAUGUGGCAGUUCGCCAGGAACUCAAUUCCAUCCGACAUCAAGUCAAACAAACCCGCUCCCAGUACUUGGGGUAUUGCCGUCGCCGACUUCCCCAGUACAGAUUGCAAUAUUGGUUCUCACUUCAAGAACCAAAGUAUCAUUGCCAACAUCGACCUGUGCGGUAGUUUGGUGUCCCAUGUUUGGGCUGACUCCGAGUGUCCUGGUGACUGCAAGAGCCUCGUUGCUAACAAUCCCGAGGCAUUCAAUAAUGCCUACUGGGAGUUUGGUUCUUUUCAAGUGUACCAAGCCAAGUAAGCCGGCAUAUGGCUGGAGAAAAUUGCAUGGUUUAUGAGUUGAAGCAUGGCGUUUAAGGCGAUAGGGAGGUUCACUUUCAUUUUGCACUUUCGGAUAGGCAUUUAUAAAACAUGAAUUCUGUUGUUAUGAUACACUAUAGACUCGUGUGUUCUACACGAGCAGCUCCUCUAUGAAGCAUGGGUAUUAACACACCUUUUCGCAUAUGUGCACUGUCUCUUUCCCC